AUGAACUCAACUAACAACUUAGGCGCUCAAAUUAAAGACCAUACCAAGAAAGAUGUUUUGGAAAAACACCCAGAUGACGUUGUCAUUGUUGCUGCUUACAGAACCGCAAUCACCAAGGGUUUCAAAGGUUCAUUCAGAUCAGUUGGUACUGACUACAUUUUGGCCAAUUUCGUGAAGGAGUUCCUCGCCAAGACCAAGGUUGAUCCAAAGUUGAUUGAGGAUGUUGCUAUGGGUAAUGUCUUGAACAAUGGUAUCGGUGCUAUGGAGCACCGUGCUGCUUCUUUGGCAGGAGGUAUCCCAUACACAAGUGGUUUCGUUGCCAUCAACAGGUUUUGUUCGUCUGGUUUGAUGGCUAUCUCAGAUAUUGCCAACAAGAUUGCCGUGGGUGAGAUUGAUUGUGGUGUUGCCGGAGGUGUUGAGUCGAUGAGUAAAUACUACAAAAAGAUGAUUCCACAAAUUGAUCCACAUUUGGCUGACGAAGAGCAAGUUGCUUCUUGUUUGAUUCCUAUGGGUAUUACUAAUGAAAAUGUUGCCAACAAAUACAGCGUUUCAAGAGAAGCACAAGAUGCAUUUGCUGCUAGAUCGUACAACAAGGCAGAAAAGGCUAUUGCAGCUGGUAAGUUCAAGGAGGAAAUCUUGCCAAUCAAGUCAAUCAUCCGUGAUGGUGAUUCCGAAAAGGAAGUUACAGUUGACACUGACGAAGGUCCAAGAAAGGGCGUUAACCCUGAAGGGUUGGCCAAGGUUAAACCAGCCUUUGGUGGAAGUACCACCGCUGGUAACGCUUCGCAAAUCUCGGAUGGUGCUGCUGCUGUUUUGUUGAUGAGACGUUCUGUUGCUGAACAGCACGGGUACCCAAUCCUUGCCAAGUUUGUUGUUUGCAGUGUUGCUGGUGUACCCCCAGAGAUUAUGGGUGUAGGUCCAGCUUAUGCUAUCCCAGUUGCAUUGGAAAAAGCUGGUCUCAAGAUUGACGACGUUGAUGUUUGGGAAAUUAAUGAAGCUUUUGCUGGUCAAUGCUUGUACUGUAUUGAAACACUUGGAAUUGACGAAUCAAAGGUUAACUUGAACGGUGGUGCCAUUGCCUUGGGACAUCCAUUGGGUGUCACUGGUGCCAGACAAUACGCCACCAUCAUGCCUUUGUUGAAAAAGGGACAAAUCGGUGUCACCAGUAUGUGUAUAGGUACCGGUAUGGGAGCUGCUUCGGUUAUUGUCAGAGAAUAA